CGAUUUUACUCUGUAGUGUGGACGUGGCCUGAGUCUGCCAACCAUUGCACUGCUAGGGCAUGGGUCUCUAAGUUGGACAGGCAUGUUCGGUGUCCCAUUGCCCCCGAGAAGCUGUGACUCCAACACAGAAAAGCCUGAUCAGGAGAUCCCAAAGCAGGUUGGGGAGAGACUCCACAGAUAGAGAACUUAAUCCAGCCCCGGGAUUAGUCCUAGGGCAGAACAGGAUUAGGAAGACCAUAUCCCUAAGGCAUCUCAGGGCCCCACAAAGCCCUAAAAUGGGUCCCCAGUUCUCUGGGGAGAGAGGCAGAGCUUAUAUCAAACUCUCUUUCCUAGUUUGAAUCAAGGAGUUCCAGCAAUGAGCCCUGGGCAGGGGGAGUGGGACCUGAAGGGGACCAUCCUGAGGGAGACCUAUCCAGAGGGCUCAAGGCCCUACAUAAAGCAGACUGCAAAAGAGCACCCCUGACAAUAGCUGGGCAGCAAUGCUUGUAAAGUAGGCCAACCCCCCCAAAAGAGAAGCUGGAGCGGGGGAGGGGAAUAGGGACAAAAACCUUAAGACCUCUGUCUUCUGACAAACAACUUUUCUACUGAGGAAGGGGCGCUCUCAGCUUCAGGCUUUGAGAAGAACAUGGAGGAAAAAAAUGCUACAAAGGUUUUUCCUGAUAUCUUUUAAAGCUUUGUGCAAAAAAGUUGUAUCCACAAUCUAGAUCGACCCUGAGCAGGUGCUGGAGGACAAGCCCAAAGGCAAAUACCUGUCUCUAAAUCGUCACCUGUGACAGCAAUGCCCCUGCACCCAUCCUGUGAGGAAGUGGUGAGAAAAGAAUGGGGAAACCCCUGGCGAGUGUAAAUAUAAAAACAGGCAUCCGCCUACAAGCCUUUUUAGAGCCCACUACAAAGCUCAGCUUCAGAGGUGGGAGCUGUUUUUUCCUUUUCUCUAUUGAACCACAUUUUAAAUAUUCCCUGCAAAGCCUGUUCCUGACAGGCACUAUUCAGGAGUCUGCUGCCUAGCAAUGGCAACCUUUAAAUUUUUCAUUCUCACACCCAUGCUAAUAAAAGUAUUAAGUUAAAAAUAUUGUUGAGUACCCCACCUAAAUCAAGAUAAUAAGGCACAAGCAAGGGAAGGAUACCUUUCAAAUUAUCUUAAUAAGGAUCUGGGUAAUUAAUGACAAAUGACUUUUUUAUUAGCCCUGUUAAUUUUUUUGUGAGCAAACAACUUGUCCCUCCUACCGCACUUGCUGUCCACCCCAAGAAGAAUCUAUUUUAGGGGAUCUGGUGGGGGUCAAAUAGCAAUUCCCCAUGCUUCACGGGUGAGCCUAGGCUUGAUUUCAAAUUUAACUUAAAAUAUAAAGCUUGCAAUACACAGCUUAAUAAUUUAUAAAGUAACUCUUUGACUUUUGGUCAAAUGUUUUAUUGCUGCUUAAGCAGCUUUGCUGCCAGCAAAAUACAUAGCAGUGUUGGGAAGAGAAACCAGGUUAGUUACUAAAGUGAGUUGCCAUAGGCAAAAAUGCCAACCUUGGAUGACAUUCUAGAGCAUAUUGGGGAUUUUGACUUGUUCCAGAAACAAGUCUUUUUUGUCUUAUGCUUGGUGUCUGCUGCCUUCAGCCCUAUUUACAUGGGUGUUAUCUUCCUGGGGUUCACUCCUGAACACCGCUGUCUCAGUCCUGGAGUUGCUGAGUUGAGCAGCCAAUGUGGCUGGAGUCUAGAAGAGGAGCUGAAUUACACCGUUCCAGAGCAGGGGAGACAUGGGGAGUCUCUCUCUAGUCAGUGCAGGAGAUACGACGUGGACUGGAACACAACUGGCCUCAGCUGCAUAAACCCCUUAGAAAACUUCACCGGUUAUGGCAACAGGAGUAGUAUCCCUCUUACCCGCUGUCAGGAUGGCUGGGUUUAUGAUUCUUCAGGAUCAUCCAUCGUGACUGAGUUUAACCUGGUGUGUGAGGACUCCUGGAAGGUGGAUCUCUUUCAGUCCUGCGUGAAUGCUGGCUUUCUUUUGGGCUCGGUAUACGUCGGCUACAUAGCAGACAGGUUUGGCCGUAAACUUUGCCUUAUAGUGACAAUCCUUGUAAGUGCCACCUCUGGAGUUCUUGUGGCUUUCGCACCAAGCUACCUUUGGAUGGUGAUCUUUCGCUUCCUACAAGGACUGGUCAGCAAGGGCAGCUGGGCAGCAGGCUACAUCCUGAUCACAGAAAUUGUUGGCCCAAGUCAUAGGAAGACAGUGGGAAUUCUCUAUCAAGCGGCCUUUACAGUUGGACUACUUCUGUUCGAUGGUAUUGCUUAUGCUAUUCCUCACUGGAGAUGGUUGCAGCUUACUGUUACUCUACCAUGCUUCCUCUUCUUGCUCUAUUACUGGUGUCUGCCUGAGUCCCCAAGGUGGCUGAUAUCUCAGAAGCAAAAUGACAAGGCCAUGAAGAUUGUGGACUAUAUUGCCAAAAAGAAUGGGAAAAAGCUGCCUGCCCGUUUUCAGAAUAUUAACCAUGAAGAGGAAGAUGGGGAAAAUCUGAGUCCUUCAUUCAUGGACCUUGUCAGGACACCUCAGAUGCGGAAACACACGUUCAUUUUGAUGUAUAACUGGUUGGCCAGCUCUCUUCUGUACCAGGGGCUCAUCAUGCACAUGGCAAUGGCUGGUGGGAACAUGUAUCUGGAUUUCUUCUAUUCUGCCCUUGUUGAAUUUCCAGCUGCCUUCAUUAUCCUUCUCACAAUCAAUCGCAUUGGCCGUCGCUAUCCCUGGGCUGUGGCAACUCUGGUGGCAGGGGCUGCCUGUCUCAUUAUGGCUUUAAUCCCUGAGGAUAUCCACUGGCUAAAAGUGACUGUAGGUUGCAUUGGGAGAAUGGGAAUUACAAUGUCUUUCGAAAUGGUUUGCUUUGUAAACACUGAACUGUAUCCAACAUUUUUGAGGAACCUUGGUGUAAUGGUCUGCUCUUCCUUGUGUGAUGUUGGUGGGAUACUAGCCCCGUUCAUUGUCUACAGGCUGGCAGAGAUCUGGCAUGAGCUGCCACUUAUAGUUUUUGCUGUGGUUGGUUUCAUUGCUGGUGGUUUGGUGUUGCUGCUGCCUGAAACCAAAGGGAAAACGUUGCCUGAGACUAUUGAAGAUGUAGAAAACUUGCAUAGGCAAGAAAAUCCUAGGGAGAAAAUUAUCUACCUCCACGUGCAAACGCAGGAAAUUGCACACUCCAAAUGUGAUCUGUCUUUGGCACAAUAAUACAAAGGGUUUUUAAAUAACACGCACCGUAGAACCUUAAUUCCUUUCAUGCACCUCUGAUCCCUGGUUCCACAUACUUAAUUUUUUUUCUACUUCAUUGUCCAAAAGGCACAGCAAGCUACCAAGUACCUUCUUCCCUCUUACCAUUUUAUAAUGUAUUUACAUUUUAGGACAGUAGUUUUGAAACUUUUGGUUGCCAGUCAGGUAGACAACACACGUAUCUAUUCAGAUACUUGCACUGCCAUCAUCUCUGUAGUAUCUGAGUACUUAU